UCAAAAUUUAGGUUGGGAGCCUGCCUAGUAACCCCAGCUCCGGCAUCGUCUGGUUGGCUAUGGGAUACACUGGAAUGCCUGAUGUCUGUUUCAAGAUGACAAAAUGGAUUUGGGGCGCAGAGCAGUCCAAAUAUAUUUGUCAUGCAGAGCUGAAUGCUAUAAUUGCGGCAUUUAGAAGAGAAGCUGAUCUGUCAGCCUGCACUCUCUAUGUUACCACACACUCCCUUGUGAUGACUGUUCUAAGCUGGUGGCUCAGUCUGGGAUCAAGUAUGUGGUGUUUGCACACCCUUUCCAUAAUGGUAGGCUAUGUAGGAAACUCUUAAAGGGACGACUCCGAGAUGAGAUCACGCGGUAUGGUAUAUGGAGAGUGGGUACGACAACUUUGCAAAAAUGACAAUAAAUCUUAAAGAUCUAUCUAUAAAAUUAGGCAAGUCAAGUAAGACACCUCGGAAUGAUUGUGCCCCAGCCCCAGAAAAAGGCCGAAGAGAUGUAGAUUUUCCAUUGGAUGAUUACUUCAUGUCUCUAGCAGUGUUGGCUAAAUGUCGAAGUGUUAUUUCUGAGAGAGUUGGUGCUUGUCUUGUCUAUCAAGAGCCACGUCGUGCCAUUAGUGUUGGUUACAGUGGAUACAUUGACGGCCUGUCAGAUGGAAAGAAGACAGAAUAUGUGUGCUGUGCAGAGUUCAAUGCAAUUGUGAGUGCCUACAGAUACCACGCAGACCUCACCUCUGCCACUCUAUACACCACUGGAGUUCCUUGUUCAAGAUGUGCCACAAAGAUUAUACAGUCUGGAAUCAAGACUGUAGUCCAUGGUGGCGAGGAAAAGUCAAUGGAGCAAGAGGCUAGGGAGGUCUUUCUACUGGGGAAAGGUUGCCACACUGUCUAAUGUAAUGUACACUCCUCCGCCUUCCUGUCUGGAGACUCACAAAGCCACGCCCACCCGUCAGAACAUAGAUUGCUCCCUCUGUGGACCCACCACUCAAGGCCGGGGCAACCGACUGUUCGAGAGUUGUGAAGAAGUCGGGUAGCGGGUGAAGUGGGAUGGGCCCAGCAAGAUGGAGCGUGGAGGGGUCUUCAUACGGACUGGGAGAUCUCUUGCGGUCCA